AUGGGCAUGGCUAGGCGUAUACAACAGUCACUCAAGAUGGAUGCAACUGCAGCUGCGCACGCCAACCACCCCAAACACCUCAAACACCGGGUGAACCUUGAAGCAGAACAAAUACACGCUGCAGGCACGUCACAGCCGACAUCGGCGACUUCGUCAUCAUCGUCGACUGGCUACUACGGUAGCGUGGCCAAGCCUGAUUUUGGUAUUUCAAGUCUGUCGCUGGGCACGCUCGCGCACCACACUCUACCUGACAAGAUUCGCACUGCUGCCCGACACGGCUACAGUGGCAUAGAGAUAUUUAUACCGGAUUUCGAAGAUUUCAUUAGGCAGUGUGGAUUGGGUAUGCAUCCGGAGGUAUUGAAGGGACAUGUCCAUUCGCAUCUGCACCAAGAGAAGGAGGUAGACGGUGUACGCGUUGCAUACAGCGCACAAAGCGCAAAUAUUGCCCAAUCCUUCGAGCAGAGCUGUGCAGCUGCUAUAUCAACUCUCUGUCGACAGAAUUCACUCAAAAUUCAUUGCCUGCAACCGUUGCGAGAUUUCGAGAACAUCGGGGAUUGCCAUGUGAAGCUGGGGUACGCGCUGAAAAAGGCGGAGCGCUACCUACAACUGAUGCGCAGUCUCGACACGGAUCUGCUGCUCAUCUGCUCGAACAACCUCGCACCACUCGAUCCGCUAGCAGCGGCUGGUGCUUCGUAUCGCAAAUACAGAGAUGCACAGGUGAACGCAUUGCAAGCCCUGGGCAGACGAGCGGAGCAACUCCACCUCCGCAUCGGCUACGAGCCCCUCGCGUGGGGCACUGUCGUCAAUUCGUGGUCUCAGGUCUGGGAUAUCGUUCAGCGCGUUGAUUUGGCCAGCGUAGGCGUCGUAUUGGAUACUUUCAAUUCUCUGGCAUCCUUCUACGCCGAUCCCUCCAGUCCAACGGGCGUAAAGGAGGGAAUGACUGUCGAUAUGCUGUACGACUAUCUGGGGGAGAUAUUCGACACCAUCCCCCCACAUAAACUGUUCCUGCUGCAGAUCGCAGACGCUGAGAGAGCCCGAGAGGGAAGGAUGUGGCACGCGUCGCGUAACGCGCCUGCACGCAUGAAGUGGUCGCGCUCAGCCCGACUUUUCCCGUGCGAGGAAGGCAGAGGCGCUUAUCUCCCGCUCGAGGAUUUCGUGCGCACGAUCAUGCAUGCCGGCUACGUAGGGCCGUGGUCGACAGAGGUGUAUUCCAGCUGCCUCGAGAGCGAUGAGGUGAAUGCGCCGUCUGUCCUCGCCAAGCGGGGAAUCGAUGGUCUGCAGAAGCUCCGCGGCCCGGCGGAUCAACAAGAACCCAAACGCACUAAAGCGUGGAUUGGCAUGCUUUACAUGCCGACGGAGGAAGAUGCCAAGCCCGCCUGUGGCCCUUGCGCGAAAAGCCGCCAGAAAUGCAUCUACCCCGAGCCCGGUAGCGACGACAGGGAUAGGCACGAGCAGGGGAUUAAGCGUAAGAACAAAGUCAAGGACCUGGAAGAUAAGAUACAGACGCUCGAAAAAGAUGUGUUGAAGUGGAGUACUGUGGGUGUGGCAGGUAUAGCGGGUAUAGCGGGUACAGCGGGUGCAACCAGCACAGCCAACGCAUACAACCACCAGCUCUACGACACAUCCCUUGGCAUUCCAAACUGGAAUCCUUACUACCCUCCACUUGACCUAACGCUGCACCUCCUCAACACCUUCUUCAACGCCUGUCCGAUAGUCGCGGGUUUCUUACACAGACCCAGCUUCAUGCAGCGCGCGAUGCUGCCUUGCUCACACCCAGAUGCUCCCCCUUCAGCCUUGAUGCACGCCAUCUUCUGCUCAGCUAGCAGACACUCCCCUAGGACCACUAAUCCCGUUGCUAUCCCGCGCCACAGCGAAUGCAAUCCGUUUACUACCUUCAACCCACCCAGCACUUUCUUGGAGGUGCACGCCCGCCUCGCCAGUGACGCUAUUGAGACUGAGACAGUGUCUAACAGCACCCUUACUCAAAAGGCAGAGGCUUUACAAGCUUUGAUUAUCAUGUCCCACUUUUUUCACAUUGAAGAUCGAUGGGCUGACCAUUAUCGCAUCAAUGUCAUGUGUAUUCGCGGCACGGUCGUUCUUCGUUUGCAUCUGGAUAUGGAGAUGACCCCAAACCGCGCACUUCUAGCACCACCCCGGAAUGACAUUGAGAGGGAGUGCCGCAAAUUCACUUUCUUUCUCGCGUACAUUUUUGAUACACUCUACUCAAGCAUAUCAAGUACAUAUCCAUCCAACAUUGCCGACGACGAGAUACUUACAAAGCUACCAAUCAAAACGUCCGACUAUGAUAGUCUGUCGCCUAGUCAGUCUAUCCCCGAAUACAACCAGCACAUCGACGACCAAGACUUCUUCACCGAGCAUGAAGCCGAUGGAUUCCACUUUGUCAUUAAAUCCUCAGUGCUCCUCGCGCGCGUGAACAGGUUCAAGCACGUAUGCGAGCGAGAUGUACUUAAGCAGGGCUUGCAAUCAGCCAACCAGUUGGGGUCAUUCAGUGAACUCGACAGGCUGAUCUUGCGCUACAGGACAUCAGUGCCUGACAGCUGGGUAGAUUCUGUGCAAAUAGUCGACGGUGGGCUAGACAUUGGUAUCUACCUGGCUCACUUGGUCGGUAUCAAGGCUAUGAUGAGUCUGCAUAGUGGCUUUAUCCAUGAUAGUUUUUCGAGGAAGAGGUUAAUGACGUGCGCGCGUAUCAUCAUGAGUACCAUUUACAGACUCCUCGGGACGAGUUGGGAUCUGUGCAAGCUGCCUAGUUACGUAGUGUCUAUCUAUAAUGACGCAAGCGAUAUCCUGAUCGCUGCCUAUCUUCACGCUGCUAAAACUCGCGAUAAUGACGCUGCACAGUUGGUCAUGUCUGAGUUGGCUACUAUUGCUGAAGUUUAUCGGAGGAUGUCUGAGCGUAUCCCUGUAGCUCUCUCUGCGCUGAGCAAGUUGCACAACAAGUUGGACAUGAAUGGCAUCGAGAAAGGUAUGGGUGGUAUGGGUGGUGUGGGUAGUGUAAGUACUGCCGCUACCACUACUUCCGCUAGCCAUACUGUCUCUUCAUCCGCUUCCCAACCCACAUCGCAAUUUGAUCAUACUCAUUUCAACGACGCUCUCCUUGAGCAGCUGGCAUUCGAGACGAUUGCGCCUUCACCUAACGCUUACUCCGCCUUCAACCACGAGUAUAUCGCCCAGAAUCACUUCCAUGAAUUUGGUAUCGCUCCAGGCACAGCUUUCACGGCAAAAGAUGAAUGGAGAUGGAUGAACAUGGAAGGGGAUAUUAGGGAUGGUGAUCCUUUCAGCAGCUCAUUCCAUUCAAUAGAUGGAUUUUUAUAG